GUAAUCCACAGUAAUAGGGAGGGAAGCUUGCAAGGUGAUCACCCUCAUUCGUCCAACAUGAAUAAGUAAUGUGAUGAAUGCGAUGACUGCGGUAAGGCUCUGCUGAUGGCUGAAUUUGGGCGCCCCAAAGCGACGAAAGCGGCGAAAGUGACGAAAGCGACCAAACCGACCAAACCGAUCAGGGGUAUGGUUGAAGAUGAGAUCGAGAGAUGCGCAGUUUGGGAUUUUAAAAAAUCACAAUCCCACAACAUAAAAAGGCUGCAUAGUCUUCGCAUUGCUGUUGAUAUGGAUGUGUUUUUGCAACAAUCCCAGUGAACAUCCGAGGGAAUACUUGCUACGUUCGAACUUCGCUUGGAAACUCUCCUCCUCAUCAUGUCGGACGGGAGAUACGGUACGUCAUCAAUGUUCCAUGGUCUGUCUAUUGUUGAGAUCACAGCUGACAGGAUCUUUUCCAAAGUUGACGGCAGUAUCUAUUUCUAUGCCCCUAAUAAGGGCGCCCCGGUGUUCUUCGCCGUUGCAUUCGCGGCAUCUGGCAUCUGGCAUAUUUAUCAGUGCUUUCACUACAAGAGCUGGAGACUGACCUUCUUCUAUUUAUCUUGCGCUACCCUAUUCACUGCCGGCUUCAUUGUCAGGGAACUAGGGGCCUUUGACUAUGGCGACCUGGUCAAGUACAUCGUCACCACCUGUCUGGUAUACGCAGCGCCACCCAUCGCCGAGCUAGCCAACUACAACAUCCUCGGAAGGAUUCUGUACUACGUGCCCUACCACUCACCGAUCCAUCCUGGCCGCGUCAUCACCACCUUCGCCUUCAUCUCCACCGUGGUCGAGGCACUCAACGGCAACGGUGCAGCGCUAAGCGCCAACCAGGCCCUUCCGCGCUGGAAACAAGACAUUGGUCGGAACCUCCUCAAAGCCGCGCUCCUGAUCCAGCUCGUCGUCAUCGCUCUCUUCCUUCUCCUAGCCGGCGUGUUCCACCGGCGGUGCCGUCGUGGCGGCAUCAGGAGCGCCAAGCUCGAAAACGUCCUUUACACGCUCUACGCGUCAACCAUGCUCCUAACCAUCCGGACCAUCUUCCGCGUGGUCGAGUACUGGAGCGUGGCGGACCUUCACUACGACGACAGAUCUAUCGACCCGAUGUCGUUCAGCCCCAUCAUCCGUUACGAGUGGUUCUUUUACGUGUUUGAGGCCAGCCUGAUGCUGGUGAAUCAGGUGCUGAUGAACGUCAGGCAUCCGAGGAGGUACCUGCCGAAAAGCACCAAGACGUAUUUGUCGGCAAGGGACGGGAAGACCGAGGUCACUGGACCGGGAUACAAGGACUCGAGACCGUUUCUGGUGACGUUGUUUGAUCCGUUUGAUCUGGGAGGGCUGAUCAAGGGGAGGGGUAGUCAGAAGGCGAAGUUCUGGGAGGAGGAUGACGGGCACGAAGCUGACAAGCCGGAAAGCCAAAAGGGAAAGGUUAAGGAUUCGUCUGUCAGUGAGGAUGUUGAAGCGGCGGGUUGAAUGAAUGUCGGCCGAGUCCGAGAUUUUUUUCUGAAAAGGAAGUUUUCUGGAAGCCCUCCUCCUCUUUUGUUCUUUUGUCUUUAGAAGUUUCGUUACCCUGUCCGCACGAAACAAUCAGCAACAGCAAAUACACAGUAGCCGUGCCGCGAACGCCACCACCCCGCCCAACUCGCACAACGGUGCCCCGAUGUGGUUUACUCAUCAUUCCUGGCGGUAGAUAUCCACGUGGGAUCUAAAUUAAUGGUUUCCUUCCUCCGGAGCAGCCUGAAACGGCGCCAUAGCCUCAGAAGACUAGAAGUACAUGACUGGGAAAUGACAGAUGGUUGCUGCCCAAAAACUCGUUGCGGUGCAUGUGAUGUAGAUGAAGGGAACGGGGAGUGUCGCCGGAGAAAACGGGGAGCUUCGGAGGUAGUCGGGGGCCG